CCCACGGACCGACCGACCGUUCGACCCAUGGCGUCGCGCCUUCCGGCAUCCAAUUCCUGUGCCGCAAUCACUGAGUGCCGGCGGGGGCGAGUCUCGGCCGCCGCCGCCACGGCCCAGUCGAUCAUGACGGCGGAGCUAGCCGCGUCGGUCGCGGCAGUGCCCAGGAUCUCUGUGCAGCACGCGCCGGCGCCGGUUCCGGCUAAGGCGAACAUGAGGAAGGAGAUGGAGGAGGAUAAUUGGGAGGCUCUGGUGGCGCCACUGCAUCCGGUUCUCAGAGAUGAGAUCGUCCGGUACGGCGAGCUGGUUGCCGCCUGUUACAAGGCCUUCGACCUCGAUCCUUCCUCCGACCGUUACCUCAACUGUAAGUACGGCAAGAAGAACAUGCUCCGGGGGGUGGGAAUGCCGGACGCCGGCUACGAGGUCACCAAGUACGUGUAUGCCACCCCGGACAUCAGCCUCCCCAUCCCGACCCAGAGCGGCAGCACCUGCUGCGGCCGCUGGAUCGGCUACGUCGCCGUCUCUUCUUCCGACGUCGGCCGCCGCGACAUCGUCGUCUCCUUCCGCGGCACCGUCACUAGCACCGAGUGGAUCGCUAACCUGAUGAGCUCCCUGGAGGUGGCGCGGUUCGAUCCGCACGACCCCCGCCCGGACGUCAAGGUCGCCUCGGGCUUCCUCAACCUCUACACCUCCGGCGACAGCUCCACCAAGUUCGGCAGCGGCAGCUGCCGGGAGCAGCUCCUGGCCGAGGUGUCCCGCCUCCUCCACAAGUACAAGGGCGAGGAGGUGAGCAUCACGCUGGCCGGCCACAGCAUGGGGAGCGCCCUCGCGCUGCUCCUCGGCUACGACAUCGCCGAGCUCGGCCUCAACCAGGGGGCGCCCGUCAUGGUCUACUCCUACGGCGGGCCGCGCGUCGGCAACGCCGGGUUCAAGCGACGGUGCGAGGAGCUCGGCGUCAAGGUGCUGCGCGUGGCGAACGUGAACGACCCGGUGACGAAGUUGCCGGGGGUCAUUUUCAAUGAGAAUUUCAGGAAUCCGAUGGGCGGCGGCCUGAGCAGCUACGCCCACGUCGGGGUGGAGCUGGCCCUGGACUUCUUCAAGGUGCAGGACCCGGUUUGUGUGCAUGACUUGGACGCCUACAUCCGGCUCUUGAAAUGCCAUCCCAAGAACGGCGCCGCCGUCCGAGCGAAGAGGAACAGGGACGCCGCCGGCGACAUCGCGAGGAAGGCCAGGGAGCUGCUGAGCAGCGUCCAAGUGGCAGAGGCAUGGACGUGGCAAGACGCCGCCAUGCAGCUGGGCAAUUGGAUGCAGCUACUAAAUAUCUAACCCUCCGGCGACCGGCCGGCGCCGAUCGAUGAACAAAGUGGUUUAAAAAAAAUCACUUCAUUUUUUUAUUAUUAAAGAGACAUGUAUUUUUUAAGAAUCAUGUCCAUUCGACAACAUUUUUUGAUUAUUUAUUAAUUUUUUUAUCUCAAACUAUAUACAAAGAAAUUGAAGGCGUUAUAUACAAAAUAAUAG